AUGUCGAGCGAAGACGAAGUAAUCAAGAUUUUAUAUUUACCCUAGAGAAUGAAGCAAUUGCAAUAACUUCCUAUAAGAAAUUAUUUGGAUUAAACAGUCGUUCCAAUCCUACUUUAGGCGAUGACUGAAGUCGCUAAAGUGAGACCUCCUAACCCUAUUGAAUUCAUUGCUAGCUAUUUGACUUAGAAUAAUCCAGAAAAACCGUAGGCCAGAUAAUAAUGA